AUGUCCAGCGUCAAGUCUUACCUGCCGUUCAAUCUUCCUACUACGUUCAAAUCACUUUUCAAGCUUAUCGAUGACCCUCCAGAGAGGAUACAAAAUGUUCGCGGGUGGGUUAAGUCAUUCAGGUUACUCAAGAAAGUAGCCUUCAUUGAUCUCCAAGACGGGACUACACCGCAUACCUUGAAAAUUGUAGUGCCGCGAGAUACAAUUGACGUGGAGAGGAGGCCAGAUUCAGUUCUCAGACAGCUCCGUACUGGCCAGUCUUUGCUGGUUAAAGACGCUCUUUGGAAACCCACGCCCACCAGAUUGCAGCCAUUUGAGCUUGAAACAUCUGCGGCCUCUUUCCAGAUUAUGGGCCAAGUACCGGACUCCUACGCGCUCCAAAAAAAAUUCCAUACUUUGGCCUUCUUAAGAUCCAACCCCACACUUAAGCACCGGUCCAACUAUCUUGGUGCUUUGAUGCGUUUCCGCUCGCAUGUGGAGAGCUCAUUGACUCAGUUCUUCGAUUCUCACGACUUCACAAAAGUGUCACCUCCGAUCCUAACAUCAGGAGAUUGCGAAGGUGCUGGUGAAUUGUUCCGUGUUGAGUCCAAUUCUCAUUUGGCAAACAAAUCCUCUUAUUUUGGCAAGAAAACAUAUCUCACAGUGUCCACGCAGCUGCAUUUGGAGGUACUUGCCUGCGCCUUGAACAGAUGCUGGACUCUGGCGCCCUGCUUCCGGGCAGAAGAGAGCGACACCAAUAGGCACCUAUCAGAGUUUUGGAUGCUGGAGGCGGAAUUGUGCUUUGUGGAAAACGUCGGUGAACUCACAUUAAUUGCAGAGGCUAUGUUUAAAUUUGUGGUGGAACAGUGCAUUGCUCGCCAAGCUGACCUACUGCCGUCAAUCAGACCGGAGGGCAGCGCCGAAGACGCACAAACUGUGCUGGCUCGUUGGACAUCGCUUCUGGCCACUGCAUGGCCUAGGUUGACAUAUUCAGCUGCUAUAGAACUGCUUACAAAAAGACAUGCGGAGGUACCUUUUAAAUUUACGCCUCAAUGGGGGAGUGAUUUGCAAAGCGAACACGAGAAGUGGUUGGCGUCACACUUUGACUCUCCCGUCUUCAUCACGAAUUACCCUAAAGACUGCAAAGCAUUUUAUAUGAAACGAAACCUGGAUGACACAGUGGCCUGCUUUGAUCUGAUUGUCCCUCAAAUGGGCGAGAUUAUCGGCGGUAGCAUCAGGGAGGAUAAUUACGACGCAUUAAUUGCAGAAAUGUCUCGCAGAGGUAUGAAAGUGGAAGAGCUGGAAUGGUACGCGUCACUCCGCAAAAAUGGAAGUGUACCACACGGAGGCUUCGGCCUGGGUAUGGAACGUUUUGUAGCUUGGCUAUUCGGUGCCCAUAAUAUUAGGGAUGCUAUUCCAUUCCAUAGGAGUGCAGGGGGUUCGAUAGACAUGUGA